UAAAAGAGGUAAUUUUAGUAUGCGUCGAGUUAAGACGUGAUUUGACAGCAAUGACAGUCAACUGUUAAAAGUAUACAAUAAACAUGUUUUCCGUUGUAUUUAAGCUAGGAAAAAUCAUCUACUUUCUCAGUCAGAGCAAUUCUACCCGACCGAUGGAUUUCUGAUCCUGUCGUUAAGUCACUGGCCCCAACUAUGAAUGACAUGGAGAUUAGACGAGCCCAGGCUCACUUGUACGAGCGUGUGGUGAGAGGAGAUGAUGAUGUAGAACUGCUAUUUCAGAAAUAUAUUGACCUCCUAGAUAUAGAAAUUAUUGUUGGUACAAAUUUCACCUGUACCUGUGGGAAAGAUUUUGAGAGCCAUCCACUGAAUCAUGGGAAGGCUUUGGAAGAAGGUUUGGACAUUGUACUGGACUUCAUUAUGCGUGGAAGUUGUUCCUGUGGUGCGGAACUGCCAAGCCACUUCUACAAUCACCCAGCCUCCCUUCGUCUAGUCCAUGCUGCGGCUGGGUUUGGUCACACAAAAAUCCUCUUGCUGUUGAAGAAGUAUGGCUGUGAUAUGAAUGCCAAGUCGAAACUGUUUCACAGGACACCAUUGUCGUAUGCAGUGCAAUCCAGACAAUUGGGAGUCAUUGACUACUUAGUGAGUUUAGAUCUGGAUGUUAGUGUUACUUGUCUUCAAUAUGACAACAGUCCACUUCAUGAAGCCAUACAGUUGCGUUAUGUGGAUGUUAUUUAUAAACUAUUAUCCGCUAAAACUGUGAAAAUAAACCAAGUAAAUGCUAAAGGGGAGUCCCCCCUAAUUUGCGCUGCUAGGUAUCAUUUACACGAGGGAUUUCUGGCCCUGCUUGAGGCAGGGCCUGACUGCAAUGUUCAGGACAGGAAAGGAAACACAGCUCUGAUGAUGGGUGUCGUCCGUGGAAUGGAGUAUGUUAAACCACUGAUAGAAAAGGGAGCUAACACAAAUAUAAAAAACUACAGGGAUCAGACAGCUCUUUCAUUUGCCAUGCACAUGGAGAACUCAGAAAUCGUGUCAUAUUUGCUGGAGAAUGGGGGCGAUCCUAACAUUGUGUCAACUGAUGGGACUCCUCCGAUCGUGUUCGCCAGCAUUACAGGGGCGUAUGACAUCACCCAGAAACUGGUCAAGCAUGGUGCUGAAGUGGCAUCCAAAAAUGUACAAGGUUACACUGCCCUCCAUGUGGCAGCCUGGAACGGUCACUGUGAUAUCAUGCAGCUGCUGCUAGACACAGGAAUGAAUCACGAUGCACAGACUCAGGACGGCAACACGCCACUAGCUCUGGCGGCCCACGGAAACCAUACAAACAUAAUUGACAUGCUCCUCCCCCUCGGAUGUAACGUAAACAAUGCCGACAAGGACAUGGACACUCCCUUACUAUAUGCGACUUUUAACAAAAAUCUGGAAAUGGUGGUCAAACUAGUUAAUGCUGGAGCGAACCCUGAUUGUAGGAACAAGCUGAAUACCACCCCUCUAUGGAAUGCUGUGUACACAGAUAGCCUGAGAAUGGUCAAAUAUUUACUAGUCAAGAAUGUGGAGCUUGAGGUGGCUUCCUGUGGCAUUGACCAGCAUGCCCAUUCCGAUGUGGCCACUCCGAUUUACCCAGAACCACGGUCUGUGCUUUAUGUGGCUGCUGACAGGAGUUCCAUGGAUCUAGUAAUGACUCUUAUACUGGCGGGGUAUAAUAUUUACCAGGAGAACUGGAUCUUGGCUCACGAGUUUCCAGAGGAUAAUCCCAACCUCCAAAGCCAGCAACAGCAGAUGUUGUUACAUUUCGCCUCGGCCCCACCCAGACUCCUGGCACUCUGUAGGAAUUUUUUCAGAAGAAGAUUCAAAAAGAAAGUAAUAGAUUGUGUGAAUUCACUAGAGAUUCCAAAGAACCUCAAAGGCAAUCUGAUCUUGAAAAAUUUCAUUGCUGAGGAAUUUUUCAAAAUGUAGAAUCAAAUUAUACCUGUAAUUACACAAGAUGAUUAUCAUGAUAUUUUUUUUAAUACGUCUUUUAUGCUCUACAAAUCAAUCCAGGAAAAUUAUUUGAUGUACUGUAUGUGAAAUGAAUUCUUUAAUGGACUGCAUUUGAAAUUAGAUUUUAAAUAUUUAUAUAAUAUGGCGAUGUACUGUUUAUGCAGUUUGUUAUUCAAUGUACUUUAUUUGAUGUAAAUUUUGGUUAUUGUGUGUGGUAUGAUUUACUAAACGUACAAAUGUAUUGUACUUGAAAUUAGUUAUUUAAUGUACUCUUAGUACUUUAAAUUUCUUUUAAUGUAUUGUGAAAAUAAUGAACUGUAUUUUACAUGACAUUAAUUAUUCAAUGUACUUUUAACAAAUCUUAAUAUUGAAUGUAUCCCAGUAGUACAUUACAUGUAUAAUUUUUACACUGAAUUAAAUGCCAGGAAGCUUGAAGUCUUUCAUAUGUACUGAUUACUCUCAUCAGGAUUGGGGUUUUUUUUUUUGCAUAUGUGUGACAUAUAUAGUAUAUUUUAUUCAAUUUGUCCUAUAUUAAAUAAAUUUUUUCCCUAUGAGUAA